UUGUUUGAAUCGCUUGUCAGAAAAGACAGUCGAUUUGAAGUAAUGAAUGAUGUAAAGAUGAGUCUAGUAUGCUUCCGACUUAUUAAACUGAAUGUUGAAGUAGCGUUAACAGAAGAUGAGAUGACAGAGCUCCUGUUAGCUUAUAUCAACAGUACAGGAGAACUCCAUAUGGUUCCUGCACAUAUACAUGAUUGCUUCUCAAUCCGAUUCUGUGUAGUCUAUGAGUAUGCAACAGAGGAGAUGAUACUUACUGCUUGGACAUUCAUACAAGACAGUACCACACAUAUGGAGAUGCAUGUUAAAAACCAGGAAGAUUAUCCAGGUGUAAGGAAACUGGACUCUAAAGAACGUAAAACCCUGACAAACUUAGUGGGUAAAUAUGCCCAUACUAGGACUGUUCCACUGUCAGAUUACAGGCAGCAAGCAGAGCAACCAUCACUCCAUGAUUGUCAUAUACCAGUUUUGGUGCCACUAAGUAAUGAAAACAUUGUGAAGAUGGUUGAUGUUGAUGGACUUAUAAAUGACAAACGUGAUAGUAUUGCACCAUGAAGUU